AUGGAUCCCGGCGCCAAUACCUCUUCAUAUGCUGGCUCCGCGUUGGGUUCGACCGCUGCCUCAUCCGUUGCGUCCACAUCACCGACUGCCCAUGUUUCUGCCAGUCCAUCGACGUCUACUCAGCUGCCCGCUGUGUCCGCUGCGCCCUCAAAGACGGCCAUCAAACGAAGAGCCGCUAUCGCUUGUCGCGCCGAGUUCCCAUCUCGCGGCCAACCUGACCUUGACCGGGACUAUCGGCACCCUCGUACGAGAGCCGAAAGGCCCAAGGGGGCCGCUGUAAAAGCAACGCGUCCAGAAGAGCCGCCCGCCGACUCGUGGGACGGCCUGCCUCCCCUAGAUGAGCUCGUCGAUGGUGUCAAUCGCUUCACACGUUAUUACUUUCAGCUUGGCUUUCUCCCCAAGAGGCAAUACCCUGAAAAGCUGCGCAUGAGCCCUCACUCGUGUAACUUGUUCCUCUUGCUGAGCAUCCUGAGCGUCUCCGCCCGAAUGACACCAGCGUUAUCCGUCAGAUACGGCAGCGGCGUCAAGGCUGCCGAAUUCUUCAUGGAGCGUGCCUCUAGGAUAGCCCUCGCACAGGUAUAUGCCGAGCCUUCGCUGGAACUGUGCCAGGCCUUUUAUCUGCUCAGCAUUGCCCAGCAUGGGAGCGGGUUGAGGAACAAUAGCUAUAUGAACAUGGGCGUUGCGAUUCGCAUGGCUACACUCAUGAUGCUGCAUCGAGAAGAGACAUAUAAACUUAACAAUCCGACCCGAGAAGCAAUCAUGGUGGCCGAGUCAGCCCGUCGCACGAUCUGGAUGCUCCACAGCCAGGACAAUCUGCACUCUGGUCCAGUUUCGCCAGUAGCCUUAUCUGCUGCCGACAUCACCACUUUACUUCCUUGUGACGAGGAUGACUUUGCAAAUGGUGUUCAGCCAGCCUCGCGCGCCGCAUUGGCCGGGACGCAGCCCGCCAAGGAGAAUCCCGCCCUCAUCUCUGACAGAAAUCGGUCCCUCUUCGCCACUCUCAUGCAAAUACAUAACCUUUGGAGAACUGUCGGUCGAAGCACUGUGCAUGAAACUCGUAGUUCGACUCCGUGGGAUCCCAAAAGUGAGUUUGCGAAAAUGGCGACAACCUUGAAAGACUGGGAAGAGUCGCUACCACCCAACCAUUUAUUCAGUCACGAGCUACUACGACAAUACAAAACCGUGGGCGAGGACCUGGCUUACCUCUGCGUCACCAUGAUGACGAGGCUGUGCAACAUUGUACUUCGUCGGCCCUAUCUUGUGGAAUUGAUAGGGAGCAAACAAACGCGACAGCAGCCGUUCUUCUCAAACCUGUCUCUAGACUUGUUUCGAAAUGUUCGGUUGCUCUAUGAACAAAUCGAGGCCCAAUUCACAGAUCGAACACCGGAUGAAAGUGUUGGCGCCCAAAUAGCCUCUUUCUGCGUCUACAGCUGCGGCCUUUUUUCGACCUACUUGUGCAAAUACCCAGACAUCUGCCCUGACGUCUCUAUAGCUCAAAGGGGCCCCGAUAUGCUCAAAAGAACGAUUAGUAUUCUCAACGAAAGCAAGGAAGUCUGGCCAUUGGCAUCUCGCUGGGCAGAAUCUCUGGAAAAGUUCUCCCGCGAUCCGAAGUUGACGCUACUUACAACUGAGGGCAGCAUGGAUGAUGGCAAGGACCCCAUUCCGCGAGCCAUCCAUCCUCUGCCGCCACCCAUCUCGAAAUCCGCCGAAUCAGUGGCUGCAGUUGCAGCCAUGCCAGAUAGAGCACUGCCUGUGCCUGGCACGCAGCCGGGCUCUGCAACGUCUAACCUGAUGGGUGCGCCUCGCCAUGAUCCUAUUCAAAGCCCUCUAGGUCCAAGCACCCACGGACAGCCCCAAACCAACCUUCACUACGCAAACCAGAUGAACCAACCACAGUCGUCACCGAUACAGCAAUUCCAACCGCCGCACAACCGCUCCUACCUCAGCCAGUACCAAACGAGCCAAUCACUGCAAUCACGGCCAGACACGCAUCCUGCUCCGCUUCAAUUCAGCGGUCCGCAUCAUCACAAUCAAGUCCCCAUUUUACGAGGCGUGACCAAUCCAGCCGACAGCAACACCGUGCAAGCCAAUCACCAGCUAUCGAAUACUACGGACAUGGCUCCGCGCUGGCCGCUCGCCGGCGUUGCAGCACCGUCUCCUGUCCCCGCCCACCUCGGUCGCCGGCAGCAGCGGCAGCAGCAGCAGCAGCAGUCCGAUGCGGUCACCAUGCUGAUUCCAAGCUUUGCCACCUUGCCACCCCAGCAGCAAUCGCAGGGGUACAUGGCGAAUACUCUUAUGCUAGGCCAGGUCAUCCCAGGCCUCUCGUCGCAUCAGCCGCCGCUAUUGGAUGGGUUCGAGAAUGAGCUGCUCUUCCAGUUUGACGGCGAACACGAUCCGCACACCAGCCUGCCAUUUGAUCAAUGGCAGCCGACCAACAUUUACACGUACACGCCCGGCGUAUACGAUCAGUUGAUGGAUACGACUACUUAG